AGGCGCAUGCGCACACGUACCGCAGGCAGGAACACCGGAAGUCAAUGGGACGAGCAGCAACAGGUCAGGGCUAGGUGCGCUCGGAGCUAACGCGUCAAAAACCUGUUAAAAUGUCCAGAGACACAGUACUGCGAGCUCUCAUGAACCAGCGGCUCACUGCGGAGUACGAAGAGGAGCUGUGCCGGCCCAGAGAGAACCAGAACCAGAGGAAGCAACGGCUCCUGGACUCGGUUCUCCUGUGCCCGAGACCCGAGCUGCACAAAGCGGGUGUCCAGAUGCCUUCCCUGAGUCCUGGGCCCAGUCUGAACCUCGACUUCCACGACACUCCACAGAUUAAAGAGGAGCCAGAAGAGCAGAGCUUCAAACCGGAUCCAGAGCCACUGCCAGUGCCUGUCCGAGUGUCUAGUGGUUUCUAUGACAACAGAGGAGAGUCUUCACUCCUUCAGCAGCAUUUGCCCAUGCAGAUACGAGUUCAGUCCGGAGAAAUACCCUUCACCUACGUCCAGAUCCCCCCGCUGAGUCCUGGUCCCAGUCUGAGCCAGGACAUCCCCGAGAGUCCACAGAUUAAAGAGGAGCCAGAGGAGGAAGAAGAGCCAGAGGAGCAGAGCGUCAAACAGGAGGAAGAGGCACUGCCAGUGCCUGUCCCUGCAUCUGUCAUUGUGAAGAGAGAAGUGUCCCUCACACAGGGAGAGGACAUGAGCUCAGACACAGAGGGGGACACGGACAAGUCUUCUGACAAUGAGGACGAGUCAAGGCCUAACUUUAGCUGUUCAGCUGUUCAGAUGGAGAGCGAGGCUGAUGGAGACCACUACAACCAAGUCCAGAUGACAGCCAGUGCCACUGUCAACAAUGGAGACGGCUCGGGGACAGCUGAAGGAGCAGAGGGGAAGAAGUUCCAGUGUUCUUUUUGUAUGAAGACUUUUGGAAGAAAACAGCAUUUACAAAUGCACAUUACUGUUCACACAGGAGAGAAACCAUACAUCUGUCCAAUCUGUCAGAAAGACUUCACUCACUCCUCCAGCCUCACAAAACACAUCAGAUCUCACACAGGAGAGAGACCUUACAGCUGUUCAGAAUGUGACAAAACCUUUGCCCAUAAGAGUGUGUUAGAUGUACAUAUGAGGAUACAUACAGGUGAAAAACCUUUCAGAUGUCCCUUCUGUGAUUUAGGCUUCACUGGAGGCUCUAAUCUAAACCGACACAUGAGACGACACACAGGAGAGAGACCUUACAGCUGUUCCAUUUGUGAGAGAACAUUUACCCAGAAAGGUACCUUAGACGACCACAAGAGGAAACACCUAGGAGAAAGACCUUUCAGCUGUUCCUUCUGCAAAAGAGGAUUUACACAGAAAUCUGAAUGGAAAAGACACUUGAAAGGUCACGCAGGAGAGAUGCCCUACAGGUGUCUAACCUGUAAUAAAACCUUUGCCGAACAAAGUAUUCUUGAUGAACACAGCCAAAUCUGUGCAGACGAGUACCCUUACAGCUGUUCAGUUUGUAGUAAAGGCUUUAGGAAACGCUGUAACCUCAGGAGACACUUACGGACUCACACAGGAGAAAAACCUUACAGCUGUUCUAGUUGUAAUAAAAGCUUUAAUGAAAACUCUAAACUCAAGAGACACAUGAGAACUCACACACAGGAGGAGGCCGAAGACAACGUGACUGAAGAACACACAGAACCUCACACUCAGGAGGAGGAUGAACAGAACGAGACUGAAGAACACGCACAACCUCACACACAAGACCAGGCUGAAGACAACAUGACAGAAGAACACAUGAGAACUCCGACUCGACAAGAGGCUGAACAGAACGAGACUGAAGAACACGCACAACCUCACACACCAGAGGAGGCCCAACAGAACCACUGAAGGGUUAAACACUUAACAGUUUAAUUGGCUCAGAAUUCUGGGGAAAUCUCUCCUCAAGUUUUUAUCUUUUGUUUUUUGACAGACUGAAUAUUUAUAAUGUAUUGAAUUUUAUACUUGAUUCUUGUAUAAAAAGAUAAGCUGCAGUCCAUGGAGAGAGUGCAGAGAAAGACAGAAAAGGAGAAAUGCCUUAGCACCAUUUUAAUGUAAUGAUUAACCUGAGCGAGAUAAAAUGAGUCCACCUCAUGUAUCCAAGUGGAGAACUCAAACUCAAAAUUCUAGCUACUGUUUCAAGUCAGACCCUCUGGGACCCAAGAACCUUCUGGGUUGGUGCUAGAUUGUCAGAUCCAGAGGCAUAGGGCAGACUCUCUAACCCUGUCCCUAACCAUUACAAUUCUAUGGGGCAUUAAUUGCUAACAUAACUAUGUAGAUCACCAUGCUACCUUGAGUUUUUUGAUAAUGAUGUAUUCACCAAAUACAACAUAUCAGCAUGUUUAAUUUGUUUCAGUUAUACAAUGUUAUAACAUGGUAGAAAGAACUACAAAGUCUGUUUUGUAUAAUAUUCCAUCUUUAAUAUAAAUAUAAAGUUAUAGUUUGGUUAAAGAUGGAAUGUUACGCAAAAUCCUUUUUCUUUUUUUUUUAAGCUUUCUUGUUCUUCCCUCAUCAAAAAUAUGACUGAAGCUGUUCAGAUUUGUCUAAUGCUCCGCCACAUAAGCCCACCUCACCCCUGCUCCCGCACGACAAUUCUCCAUAAAUAUAAAAAACAUGAUGCAAAACAAUACACUACAACUUCACAAACCUGGUGCUAUGUGCAGUAGUUUUGUUAGUAGGAUGCUGAUUAUAAUGUGAUAGCGCUCUGAAGGAGGAGUCAUUAGAGGAAAGUGAGGGGGCCUCAGCGUCAAAAACCACAGUGAAACUUAUAAAAUGUCAUCUCCAAAACAAUAAAAAGCAACAUGGUGAUCUAAAUAUAUGUCAGCAGUUUAAACCUCAUACAAGUAAAAUACCUCUAUAACCAAACCCUGACUUUAUAUUAAGUGUAGGCUGCCCCUGUUAAGAUUAGUGGCCUAAACCAAGUGGUUGUACAACUGGGUACAUUUAGUUUUGUUUUUAAUGUUUGAUGUGUUAUAAAUGUUCGUUUUGACUCUUGCAGUUUCAUUAUUCUGACAUUAUUCAUCAUCCUUCAGGGAUCCAGGACAAACGUUUAAUCCCCACUAUGCACAGUGCAGCUUUUCUAGUGGACGGUUUGCCAUCGGCUUGUUUCCAUGGAGAUGUUAUUGCGUUACCUGGAAUGUUGCAUUAAAUAUAUCUCCAUGGAAACAAGCAGGGGACGCCACAAGGUCAAGUUACAGGUCAGAUCUGGGGACUGGCAAACCUGCAAGAUAAAUUUCAAGUGAAACAAUAACAUUUCAGUGGAGAGGGGAAUGUAAAGCAUCACCACCACCAGAAAAGUUACAUAAUGCAUCUUUUAAAUUCACUUUUGUUUUCCUCAUUUAUUCCAUUGUCAAGCAUCUGUGAAAGGUUAAAGGUGAAAGGUGAAAGGGCUCUGUCAGGGUCCUGGGUGUGUGAAACAUAAGUGGGACCCUCAAUAUUCAGUUUAUCGACCAAGAGCACAAACCAAAACUCAUUCUGUUGGUGAAAUUAAAACUUUUGUGCAUUCCACCAGUUUUUUCUUUUUUUGUUU